ACCAAUUGGGUGAGCGAGCGGGUGGUAAUCGGGGCGUGUCAUCGGACUUACCUGGGUGCAGAGCGGACCUGGAAGGCAGGAACAAAAACCUUCGAGAUGAUGCAGAGGGACCGGGUCGAUCAAUGAAAAAACAGGUGACGGAUGUUCCAGUGGAUUGUUGGGCAAAGUCAAGGCAAACACGACCACUCAUAUACAUUAAGUUAAAGGACGGGUGUCAAAGCCACCUGAUGCACUAGCCUUGCUUCUUGGGAAAGAGGCUCCUGAGCAAACCAGACAGACUGUGCUGUCCUUCCGCGGCUUCUGCAGAUGUCAGGCAAGAUGGCUGCCGACUCGCCCGUGAGGACAGAGCAGGAGGAGCUGCAGAGGAGGGCCAACCAGGUAACAGAUGAGUCCCUGGAGAGUACCCGUCGUAUGAUGCAGCUAGUAGAGGAGAGCAAAGAUUCUGGAAUCCGGGCCCUGGUCAUGCUGGACGAACAAGGAGAGCAACUGGACCGCAUCGAUGAGGGGAUGGAUCAAAUCAACAAGGAUAUGAAAGAGGCUGAGAAAAACCUCACUGACAUGGCCAAGUGUUGUGGCCUGUGCAUCUGGCCCCGCACCAAGCUGAAGGACUUUGAGGAGAGUGGUGCCUAUAAGAAGGUGUGGGGGAACAACCAGGAUGGGGUGGUGUCCGGCCAGCCAUCCUCACGCGUGGUGGAUGAGAGAGAGCAGAUGAUCAUGAGCGGAGGCUACAUAAGCAAGGUGACAAAUGAUGCACGCGAAGAUGAGAUGGAGGAGAAUCUGGGACAUGUAGGCAGCAUUAUCGGCAACUUGAAGAGCAUGGCACUGGACAUGGGCAAUGAGAUCGACACGCAGAAUGUCCAGAUUGACCGCAUUCAGGGCAAGGCCAUUCUCAAUGUAUCCCGCAUCGAUGCUGCCAAUCAGAAAGCUAACAAUCUAAUGAAGAGAUAAAGAGGAAGAUUGUCCGUCUCUGCUGUGUGAUCUUAUCUACUCCCUGUCGUUCUGUGCCAGUAUGCGUUCAGUGACCGUUCACCCACAUAGAAAAUCUGCCAAAUGAUCGUGUAUGCCUUAUCCUAAAGUCUGAGCAGCAGGGUACACAUCAUUAUUCAUACCUGGCUCUACAUUAACCCACGCCUGUUUGCCAGUCUCUGUUCAGUUAUUACAUUCCACUCUUGGUACUCCAUGUCACAUGUCACAUGACAAAAAAAAGAGUACAAGAAGUGGAACGCUAGAGAGACUGGUACCUAGAUACCCAGCCUGUACCACACUGCUGCCAUCUGUUGGCUAGAUUAUUUUCUAGAAACGAGAUACACAUCCCCGUUCGCUCUUUCACCAUCCUCCCUCUGGUCCUCUUUCGAUGCCCGUCCUCUAUGGAGCCAGAUACCUGCUAUAAGAUUGAACGUACAGUACCCAUGAAAAGUUUGGACACACCUACUCAUUCAAGGGCUUUUCUUUAUUUUGUUUUACUAUUUUCUACAUUGUAGAAUAAUAGUGAAGACAUCAAAACUAUGAAAUAACACAUAUGGAAUCAUGUAGUAACCAGAGAUUCUUCAAAGUAGCCACCCUUUGCCGUGAUGACCGCUUUGCACACUCUUGGCAUUCUCCUCACCAGUUUCAUGAGGAAAAUGCUUUCCCAACAGUCGUGAAGGAGUUCCCACACUUGUUGGCUGAUUUUCCUUCACUCGGUCCAACUCAUCCCAAACCAUCUCAAUUGGAUUGAGGUCAGGUGAUUGUGGAGGCCAGGUCAUCUGAUGUAGCACUACAUCACUCUCCUUCUUGGUGAAAUAGCCCUUACACAGCCUGGAGGUGUGUUGGGUCAUUGUCCUGUUGAAAAACAAAUGAUAGUCCCACUAAGCGCAAACCAGAUGGGAUGGCGUAUAACUGCAGAAUACUGUGGUAGCUAUGCUGGUUAACUGUGCCUAGAAUUCUAAAUAAAUCACACACCAUCACACCUCCUCCAUGCUUCACGGUGGGAACCACAUGUAGAGAUCAUCCUCUCACCUACUCCGCGUCUCACAAAGACACGGUGGUUGGAACCAAAAAUCUCAAAUUUGGACUCAUUAGACAAAAGGACAGAUUUCCACCAGUCUAAUGUCCAUUGCUAGUGUUUCUUGGCCCAAACAAGUUUCUUCUUCUUAUUGGUAUACUUUAGUAGUGGUUUCUUUGCAGCAAUUCAACCAUGAAGGCCUGAUUCACUCAGUCUCCUCUGAACAGUUGAUGUUGACAUGUGUCUGUUACUUGAACUCUGUGAAGCAUUUAUUUGGGCUGCAAUUUCUGAGUCUGGUGACUCAAAUGAACUUAUUCUCUGCAGCAGAGAUAACUCUGGGUCUUACUUUCCUGUGGCUGUCCUCAUGAGAGCGAGUUUCGUCAUAGCGCUUGAUGGUUUUUGCGAGCGCACUUGAAGAAACUUUCAAAGUUCUUGAAAUUUUCUGUAUUGACUGACCAUGUCUUAAAGUAAUGAUGGACUGUUGUUUCUCUUUGAUUAUUUGAGCCGUCCUUGCCAUAAUAUGGACUUGGUCUUUUGCCAAAUAGGGCUAUCUUCUGUUUACCACCCCUACCUUGUCACAACACAACUGAUGCUCAAACGCAUUAAGAAGGAACGCAUUAAGAAACGCAUUAAGAAGGAAAUAAAUUCCACAAAUUGACUUUUGUCAAGGCACACAUAUUCAUUGAAAUGCAUUCCACCUCAUGAACUUGGUUGACAGAAUGCCAAGAGUGUGCAAUGCUGUCAUCAAGGCAAAGGAUGGCUACUUUGAAGAAUCAAAUAUAUAUUUUGAUUUGUUUAACACUUUUUUGGUUACUACAUGAUUCCAUGUGUUAUUUCAUAGUUUUGAUGUCUUCACUAUUAUUCUACAAUGUAGAAAAUAGUAAAAAAUAAAGAAAAAACCUUGAAUGAGUAGGUGUGUCCAAACUUUUGACUGGUACUGCACGUAUCGUUACAAUCGUAAGAAAAUCCAUACGUAAAUUGUUAGGAUCGUAAGAAAAGCCAUGCGUGAAACAAAAUUGAAUCUGCGCACAUAGAAAGCACCAUGUUACGAUUACGGACUAACAUUUUAAGCUUGAACAAAUCUUGUGUUGCAAUUCUGACUUACAAUAAUACCUUUCACAGUUUUAGCAGUUUCAUCUCACCGACAAAAAAACGUACAGCAAACGUCCUGUGAGGAGUGUUACCCGAACAAGCACAACACAGUAUAUACAGAAUAGAAGUCAGGGAAACCGGAAAGGGGUAUCCUGCACAUUUUCAAUUUAAUUCUCCAUUUUCUAUUACUCCUCAGUUGAAUUUACUUCACAUUUAGGUAGCUAAUGUAAUGGUUUGUUUGCCAGUGCAAGUCUAGAUAGCACUAGCUCAAAUAUGCCUACAACAGUGACGUUUCAGUCCGCUAGGUGCAUCUCUACUGCAUGGACAUAUCUCUGGGUGACGUGGACAUCCCCAUGCAUGCACCUUAUCAAAAUAUGACUAAUUCAAUAUUGCACCAUUCCACUCACUGGGCUCUGUCUGCAAUCAUAAUCAGUAAUAUAUACCAGUGGUGUAAAGUACUUAAGUAAAAAUACUUUAAGGUACUACUUAAGUAGUUCUGUGUGGUAUCUGUACUUCACUUUAUUAUUUAUAUUCUUGAGAACUUUUACUUCACUACAUUCCUAAAGAAAAUGAUGUACUUUUUACUCCAUACAUUUUACCUGACACUCAAAAGUACUCGUUACACUUAUCAAGAGAACAUCCAUGGUCACCUCUACUGCCUCUGAUCUGGCCGGACUCACUAAACACAAAUGCUCUGUUUUUGAAUGAUGUCUGAGUGUUGGAGUGUACCCCUGGCUAUCCGUACAUUUUUAAAAACACGAACAAUUGUGCCAUAUGGUUUGCUUAAUAUAAGGAAUUUGAAAUGAUGUAUUAUUUUACUUUUGAUACAUACAGUGGGGCAAAAAAGUAUUUAGUCAGCCACCAAUUGUGCAAGUUCUCCCACUUAAAAAGAUGAGAGAGGCCUAUAAUUUUCAUCAUAGGUACACUUCAACUAUGACAGACAAAAUGAGAAAAAAAUCAGGAAAAUCACAUUGUAGGAUUUUUUAUGAAUUUAUUUGCAAAUUAUGGUGGAAAAUAAGUAUUUGGUCAAUAACAAAAGUUUAUCUCAAUACUUUGUUAUAUAGCCUUUGUUGGCAAUGACAGUCAAACAUUUUCUGUAAGUCUUCACAAGGUUUUCACACACUGUUGCUGGUAUUUUGGCCCAUUCCUCCAUGCAGAUCUCCUCUAGAGCAGUGAUGUUUUGGGGCUGUUGCUGGGCAACACAGACUUUCAACUCCAUACAAAGAUUUUCUAUGGGGUUGAGAUCUGGAGACUGCCUCAGCCACUCCACUACCUUGAAAUGCUUCUUACGAAGCCACUCCUUCGUUGCCCGGGCGGUGUGUUUGGGAUCAUUGCCAUGUUGAAAGACCCAGCCACGUUUCAUCUUCAAUGCCCUUGCUGAUGGAAGGAGGUUUUCACUCAAAAUCUCACGAUACAUGGCCCCAUUCAUUCUUUCCUUUACACGGAUCAGUCGUCCUGGUCCCUUUGCAGAAAAACAGCCCCAAAGCAUGAUGUUUCCACCCCCAUGCUUCACAGUAGGUAUGGUGUUCUUUGGAUGCAACUCAGCAUUCUUUGUUCUCCCAAACACGACGAGUUGAGUUUUUACCAAAAAGUUAUAUUUUGGUUUCAUCUGACCGUAUGACAUUCUCCCAAUCUUCUUCUGGAUCAUCCAAAUGCUCUAUAGCAAACUUCAGACGGGCCUGGACAUGUAGGAUUUGAGUCAUGUAGGAUUUGAGUCCCUGGCGGUGUAGUGUGUUAUUGGUGUGUUAUUGAUGGUAGGCUUUGUUACUUUGGUCCCAACUCUCCUCUGCAGGUCAUUCAUUAGGUCCCCCGGUGGUUCUGGGAUUUUUGCUCACCGUUCUUGUGAUCAUUUUGACCCCACGGGGUGAGAUCUUGCAUGGAGCCCCUGAUCGAGGGAGAUUAUCAGUGGUCUUGUAUGUCUUCCAUUUCCUAAUAAUUGCUCCCACAGUUGAUUUCUUCAAACCAAGCUGCUUACCUAUUGCAGAUUCAGUCUUCCAGCCUGGUGCAGGUCUACAAUUUUGUUUCUGGUGUCCUUUGACAGCUCUUUGGUUUUGGCCAUAGUGGAGUUUGGAGUGUGACUGUUUGAGGUUGUGGACAGGUGUCUUUUAUACUGAUAACAAGUUCAAACAGGUGCCAUUAAUACAGGUAAUGAGUGGAGGACAGAGGAGCCUCUUACAGGUCUGUGAGAGCCAGAUAUCUUGUUUGUUUGUAGGUGACCAAAUACUUAUUUUCCACCAUUAUUUGCAUGUAAAUUCAUAAAAAAUCCUACAAUGUGAUUGUCAGGAUUUUUUUUCCUUCUCAUUUUGUCUGUCAUAGUUGAAGUGUGCCUCUCUCAUCUUUUUAAGUGGGAGAACUUGCACAAUUGGUGGCUAACUAAAUACUUUUUUGCCCCACUGUAAGUACAUUUUUGCAAUUACAUUCACUUUUGACACUUAAGUGUAUUUCAAACCAAAUACUUUUAGACUUUUACUCAAGUAGUAUUUUACUGGGUGACUUUUACUUGAAUCAUUUUCUAUUCAGGUAUCUUUACUUUUACUCAAGGAUGACAAUUGGGUACUUUUUCCACCACUGGUAUCUAUCUACCAGGAAUAAUGAAACAUAGAUUAAUAUUAGAUAUUUGGUGAAUCUAUGAGUUAUGUUAUGACCACUGGAGUCUUUUCCACUCAAAAAUGUUUUUAUAGAAUAUUUCAUCACAACAUCUUGCCAAAGAAUAUUCUGUGCAAUAACGUGAUUUAUUUGAAUCGGAUCAUGAACAUAUGGACUUUGAAAUUAACAAGGGAGAGGUUAAACAUAGGCUAAAUCUGGCAUAAGCUUAUUCCCAAACUUUACAAUAACUCUGUUGCAGUGGUUUUAGGUAGUCUCAGUAUAAGCUAUUCCCUCCAUCGCAACACUGCUGCCCAGUUGAAGAGCUUGUGAUCUCCACGCAGCACCACACCACCAUGUGCCUUCGGAAAAGCAGCCCUCAGCUUCAGAAGAUGCCCUUCUGGAGGCAUGCAACCAUAGUCAUUAUACCCUUAAUGUAGGCCUUUUUGCCUACUAGCCAAAUAGUGCAGAGCAUGCAUGAUAGGUGCAACUCGUCACUCCAACAUAUUUGAACAUUUAAUUCAUCCUUCUUUCAGUUCAGUCAGUCAGUAUGUCAUCCAUUCAGUAAUUUGUCUGAGCUGCAAUAGGAACUAAAUUAAAGAGAAUAGAACAGUCAUCCAGUUGUUUAUUGAAAUCCAUGUGUAUUCAAAAUUAUCCAAAGUUCUUUAGCCUGUCACUAUAAUAAUUAGAUGUUUAAUUUAGGCCAAUCCAAAUAAAAAAAAUAGGCCUUCAACUUGUAAGCAUUGCAAUUUAGGCUAUAAUUUUGGGUGCUGGUGUCUUGCAGAAUCAUUUUAAAGGGGGAGAUCAAGCUGAUCCUAACUGUUAUAGGCCAAUUUCUAUAUGGCCCUGUUGAUCAAGUGUUGGAAAAACUUGUCAAUAAUCAACUGACUGGCUUUCUUGAUGUUUAUAGUAUUCUCUCUGGUAUGCAAUCUACUUUCUGCUCAGGCUAUGGAUGUGUCACUGCAGCCUUAAAGGUCCUAAAUGAUGCCACCAUUACCCUUGAUUCUAAGCAAUGGUGUGCUGCUUUUUUUUAUUGACCUGGCAAAAAGCUUUUGAUAUGGUAGACCAUUACAUUCUUGUGGGUCGGCUAAGGAGUAUUGGUGUCUCUGAGAGGUCUUUGGCCUGGUUUUCUAACUACCUCUCUCAAACAGUGCAGUGUAUAAAAUCAGAACAUCUGUUGUCUCAGCCACUGCCUGUCACCAAGGGAGUACCACAAGGCUGGAUCCUAGGCCCCACGCUCUUCUCAAUUUGCAUCAACAACAUUGCUUAGGUAGUAGGAAGCUCUCUCAUCCAUUUAUAUGCAGAGGAUACAGUCUUAUACUUUGCUGCCCCCCGGAUUUUGGGUUAAAUGCUGUACAACAAAGCUUUUCUCAGUGUCCAACAAGCUUUCUCUACCCUUAACCUUGUUCUGAACAAAGGCCAUGUGAUUCAGUAAGAAGAAUGCCCCUCUCGCCACAAGUGUGAUUACUACCUCUGAGGGUUUAGAGCUUGAGGUAGUCACCUCAUACAAGUACUUGGGAGCAUGGCUAGACUGUACAGUGUCAUUCUCUCAGCACAUAUCAAAGCUGCAGGCUAAGGUUAAAUCUCGAGUUGGUUACCAAACUAACUCUGAUUCUGAUGACCAUGCUACCCAUGCUAGAUUAUGGAGAUGUAAUUAAUAGAUAGGGUGCUCUCUAGCGGCUAGAUGUUCUUUAUCAUUAGGCGAUUAGAUUUGCCACCAAUGCUCCUUAUAGGACACAUCACUGUACUCCAUCCUCCACAUACAACAACCACUCUAUCAGUCACAUUCUGUUAAAGCUCCCCAAAGCACACACAUCCCUGGGUCGCUCCUCUUUUCAGUUCGCUGCAGCUGGUGACCGGAAUGAGCUGCAAAAAACACUCAAUAUAGACAGUUUUAUCUCCAUCUCUUAAUUCAAAGACUCAAUCAUGGACACUCUUACUGACAGUUGUGGCUGCUUCGUGUGAUGUAUUGUUGUCUACCUUCUUGCCCUUUGUGCUGUUGUCUUAGUCCAAUAAUGUUCGUACCAUGUUGUGCUGCUGCCAUGUUGUGUCGCUACCAUGUUGUUGUCAUGUUGCAUUGUUACUAUGCUGUGUUGCCAUGUGUUGCUACCAUGCUAUGUUGUUGUCUUACUGUAGGUCUCUCUUUAUGUAAUGUUGCUGUGUCUCUCUUGUCAUGAUGUGUAUUUUGUCCAAAAUGUUUAUUUAAUAAAAAAUUGUUUAUCUCAGCCCCACCUCUGCAGGAGGACUUUUGGUAGGCCGUCAUUGUAAAUGAGAAUUUGUUCUUAACUGACUUGCCUAGUUAAAUAAAGAUUCAAUACAAUUAAAAUAAAACGUGCAUUUUAUAACUGUUUUUAGUAUAGGGCUCCCCUUAAUAAAAAUAAACUCUAGCUCGCAGGCCUCUAAAUACAUUUUAAAAUAGUUGAAGAAGCACGUGCAGUGGCUGAUAGGGAAAACAGAUCCGGCAAUUAGAAUAGGCUUUAGAUAGUCUUGACCAUUUGGGACCCUGUGGUUAUUUCAAUCAGGACAGGUUAUAGCCAAGACUUAAUGAAUAUUUUGUUUUGUCUCAUUUAUUGAUAUGGAUAUAGCCUCUGCGUGAUGGGGUUGUGCAAUGCAAAUGGCUAUAACAAGCCUAAAUACAGAGUGGAAUUCACUAAUACAUCAGUCAGAAUGCCUAAUAUAAGACCCAGUCAGUGCUCCCAAAUACUGGAAAAAGUUUGAUUCAUUAAGUUACAUGACACACCACAAUAGCCCGAAUCAGCUAUAAAAAUAAAUUAUGCAAUUAUAUUUGGCCAUUAAAUAACACACAACAGCAUGGCAUAUUUAGAUAGCGGAAUAGGCCUAAAUCACAUUUACGUUCUAUUUUGCAGCUCAGGCGGUUCUUCUAGACAAGGCUCUUCUGUGUCUUUAUCAUUCUCACACAAGUCAUUUCCUGAAAGCCCAAGCCUAUUCUACGUCAUCUACUGGUAUUGAAUUUAAUUUACUUUGGGUAACAGACAUAUACAACAAAAUGUACGAUGUGGACCCAGAGGAUAUCACUUGAAUGUAUGAAUUAAAACACUUGUUUCCAAAGUGGUCCUCAAUGGUAUAAAAUAUAGCACAUAUAAUGAUUAAAAGGCAAGACAAAAUUACAAACAACCAUAAAUACAUUAAUUUAUAUUGACAUCCUAAAAAGUGGCCCUAUUCACUGCACUUUUCCCCCUAACCUUAACAAUCAACCAUAUUCAUUUCGCAUUAAAACAAUCUAUCCAUUGCACAUCAUACCGGUCCUUCAAAUCAAUACACCCAACCAGCAGUAGGGGUCACAAGGGGCAGUGGAGUGGUUUCUCUUACUUAAGACAACCUUGUACAAAUUAAAACCGUUGCCUGCUUUUUAAAGCAAUUUCUACUUUUUCUUUGCUUGUUUUCCAGGGGGAAGCUAUUCCAUAGACAAAUGACUGUAUAGAAAAACGUGCUCCUCGCAGUACUGAUUACUCUUGGGAUUUUACAAGACAUAACACUA